GCUACCAUAUCUGUUUUUUCACCUUUGCCCUAUCCCUCCACAACAAUGUCCGUUAUAGAGUUCUAGAUUUCCCUUCAAGGUCACAAGUCACAGCAGUGGAGCCACAACAUAGACAGAGACCAUCUCAGCCUCAGACAAGUCUGAGGAAGCGAGCAGGCUGAGAAGUUUUUUUGUUUUGUUUAUUUUCUCAGAGAAUUGUGGGUUUUAAAAUGAAACCUUACCUUCUUCUGUUGGCUGCAAGAAAAAGCAGUGGAGACACUUGGAUCUGAUAGAAAACUCUACAGCAGAUUUAAUACGAAUCCUGAGGACCACGACACACAGAGAGGAUUAAUUCUUCAUAAAGAGGGAUGUGCCAUAUUAUGAUUGUAAAUACUUUUUAAUUUAGGUGGACGGUUUUCUUUACAACCCUGAGCAGAUAUCGACUUGGAUUCAUGUCCUCUGAAGUGGAAAAACGAAUAAAAGACAUCGGUAUAGAAAACUAAUCAUAUCACUCUUCUGAAAACCUACACUAAAUAUGAAUGGUUCAUCUCAGGGAUUCAGAAGGUUCUAGGCAUUUUGUAAAAUAAAUAUUUUCAACAAAGAGCAUUUUUUCAGCUGGAACACACAAGCUAGUUUUAGCCAUGGCAGAGAGGAGACGGGGGGGCUACAGCGUGCACAGGGAGAUCCUGGACGAGGGAGCAGUGGAUGAGAUGGCACAAAAGUCUGACUCAAAAACAUCUCUGUCUGAGAAGGUCAAAAGGUCAAUGAGCUGUUCUGGUCCCAGGUUAAAGAGCUGCCUGCUGGGUAGUGUUCCUGUUGUCUCAUGGCUGCCGCGUUACUCUAUCAGAGAAAAUGCCCUGGGUGACCUGAUCUCUGGAAUCAGUGUGGGGAUCAUGCAUUUGCCGCAGGGUAUGGCCUAUGCCCUGUUAGCAUCUGUUCCUCCAGUCUUUGGCCUUUACUCCUCCUUCUACCCAGUCCUCAUCUACUUCAUCUUUGGCACAUCCAAGCACAUCUCAAUUGGAACAUAUGCGGUCAUGAGUGUGAUGAUAGGAGGGGUGACAGAGCGAUUGGCCCCAGACUCCAACUUUAUGAUAUGGGACAAUUUGACCAACUCGAGCACAGUUGAUAUCGGCUCCCGGGAUGCAGAGAGGGUCCGAGUGGCUGCAGCUGUCACCUUCAUGUCCGGAUUAUUUCAGGUUCUACUCGGUCUAGUCCAGUUUGGUUUCGUUGUAACCUACCUGUCUGAGCCUCUGGUCCGAGGUUACACCACAGGCGCUGCCAUCCACGUCAUUGUGUCCCAGCUCAAAUACACCUUUGGCAUCAGCCCUUUGAGAUACAGUGGACCCUUCUCGUUGUUAUACACUGUGUUGGAGAUAUGCUAUCUCAUUCCAGAGACAAACAUUGGUACUCUUGUGGUCAGUAUUGUUGCUAUAUUGGGCCUGAUCCUUGCUAAAGAGCUCAACACAUACUUGAGUAAAAAACUACCUGUUCCUAUCCCUGUGGAGAUGAUUAGUAUUAUUAUUGCUACAGUCAUUUCCUGGCAAGUUAACUUGCAGGAGAAAUAUGGAGUGGAUGUGGUGGGCGAGAUUCCCUCAGGCCUCCAGCCGCCUGUUCUCCCAACUGCCUCUCUGUUUGGUCAGGUGAUCGGGGAUGCCUUUGCUCUGUCUGUGGUUGGCUAUGGCAUCGCCAUCUCACUGGGAAGAAUCUUUGCCCUUAAAUAUGGAUAUAAGGUGGACAGCAACCAGGAACUAAUCGCCCUGGGUCUGAGUAACGGCAUUGGUGGAAUUUUCCAGUGUUUCGCCAUCAGCUGCUCCAUGUCUCGCACCAUGGUUCAGGAGAGCACAGGAGGGAAAACUCAGGUUGCCGGGGCUCUAUCAGCAAUAGUUAUCCUUUUCAUCACUCUCUGGAUUGGAACUCUCUUUGAAGAUUUGCCAAAGGCAGUGCUGGCCGCCAUCAUCUUUGUUAACCUCCAUGGAAUGAUGAAACAAUUUAUGGACGUCCGUGCACUUUGGAGGAGCAACAAAGUAGACAUGCUGAUCUGGGUUGUAACCUUUAUCCUCACCUUGCUAUUCAACCCUGACCUGGGACUGGCUGCUGCCAUUGGUUUCUCCAUGCUCACCGUCAUCUUCAGGACACAGCUACCUAAAUACUCCAUAUUAGGGCAGAUACCAGCCUCUGACAUUUACAGGCCAAUUGAGGACUAUAAUCAGGUGAAGCAGGUGCCAGGGAUUUUGAUCUUCCGUUCCUCUGCCACCAUCUACUUUGCUAAUGCUGAGAUGUACCAAGAAGCCCUUGGAGAGAAGUCUGGCAUUGACAUUACCAAGAUCCUGUCAGCAAAGAAGAAACUGGAGGCUAAAAGAAAGCGACAUGAGCAGAAAAAUGCCAAGAAAGCUGCCAAGAAGAACACAGUGGACAUGGAGGGGGAGCUUGCGAGGGAGGUGAAGAAGGGCGUUGCCAUCAUUGAGAUAGAUGCUGAGCCCGACCCCUCGCUCCCCAGAGCCAUCGUCCUCGACCUCAGCCCCGUCAACUUCCUGGAUACCGUGGGAGUCAAGGCGCUACGCAGCAUCCAGAGAGACUAUGGGGAGAUUGGUAUAGAGGUGGUUCUUGCUGGCUGCCAAACUGGCGUUGUGGACAACCUGCAGACUGGAGGUUUCUUUAACGACAAAGUGACAAAGUCCUGUCUCUUCUCCACCGUCCAUGAUGCUGUUUUGCACUGUCAGUCUGCCAGAACACACAGACAAAAAGAGGAGAUCAAGGCGACAUAUUUGUGAAUGCUUAGAGGAACGGCUGAAGGAACACCAGACAUUCUGUCUGUAUGAGGAUAAACACAUUCGCAAAAAG